GUUACUGACUUGCUUGAAGUAGUGAAUCACUCAUGCAAGUAUAUGUAUUAUUGUUCAUACGUGUUUUGUAACCUGUGUUGUAACCAACCGCGAUUUAAGAACUCGGUCUCGCCGAUUGAAAAAAAGUUUCAACUAAAUUUGAGAUUUCUUUGGAACACAAAAAUGGAGGAGUUGAGCGAGUGCUCACCCGCUCUGGCUUUCGAGAAGGACGCAUUUGAGUUGACAGUGGAAGAUGUUUAUGACAUUUCAUACGUGAUAGGCAGAGACUUGCUGAAAAUAAGUAAUACAGGAGAGGUUUCCGAUUUGCAAUUUAAAAUUGUCCGGGUUUUGGAGAUGUUUGAAACCUUAGUGAAUAAGUACAACCUGUCGCUGGAAGAGUUGAAAAUGGAACGAGACAACUUAAAAAGUGAGCUUGAUCGAAUCGUAAGAGAAAGUUCUGCCGGACAGGAAGCACAAACACUAGGACCAAACAAAUUGGUGGUGGAUCUGAAAGAUCCCAACAGACCUCGCUUCACAAUGCAGGAGCUGAAGGAGGUUCUUCAGGAGAGAAACCAGCUCAAGGCCCAACUACUGGUGGCACAAGAAGAGUUGCAGCUCUACAAGAGUGGGAUGCUGCCACAGGGCGAGCAAGCCAUGGUAGAGGUUGACCUGGAAUCGCCAUCCCCUUCGGAAUGCAUUCCUGAAUCAACAGAUGAGACUAAGGAUGAACCGAAAGGAGAAAAAAACACUAUCAGAAAGCUGUUUUCUUUCAGACGGAAAUAAGGACAACUUCUGAGCGAACAUGGACAUAGACCUAAGGCAGUAACAAUAUUAACGAUAAAUCAACCAAAAAUUUUCUCUGUAUGCUUUGUAUUAGGAUUAUUUUUUAAUCCUGGAAAUGGACAUUUUUAACUCUGGAAUAGUUUCCGCUUAUGUGUCGGUGUCUUUUUUAAUCUCUAUUUGUGCCCUUUUUUCAUAUUAAUGCACUUUUAAGUUGAAUAACACAUUGUACAGAAACACCAAACUAAUGUCUCCUUGAACCUUGUAAGUUAACUGUGGUAGUUACAUUCAUUUUUGGCUAAACAUUGUGCCACAUUAUGUUGAAACAAUGGUUACAUGCAACAUUGCAAGACACCCAGGAACGCUUGCAUGGAAGACCUCAACAGCUCCUCAUUCAUGCUAUUUAUGAAAUUUCAUGUAUGAAACAAGUGGUAUUGGUGACAUAGUACACCAUUUCUAUGGACCUAUUUUGGCUCAAUAGAGCCACCUUUUUUAAACCAUCUGUAAGUAGCUGAAACUGUCAUUACUACAACAUGAAUGAAAAACUAUUUUAUUAAAAACUAAUGAAAGA